AGUGACAGUUGGAAUUGGACAUUUGGAGUAGGGCAGCUGAGGCUGACAGUUGGAAGAGUGUGUUGGAGCAGAGCCAUGGGCAAGCCAAAGCUGGGUCUGAGGAAAAUGCGGCUGCAGACACAGCAGGACGCCCAGGAGGAGGAAGAAGGGGCCCCGACAAUCAGCAGAGGAGAAUAGGAAGCCGACAGUCAUGAGGUGCCUAUCACAGGGCUUAAUGCAUUGGAAGUUCUUCAUAAACAUCAUUAGUACUGUCUCCCUCAUCAUCAGAGCUACGAGCUGCCUGGACCUGGCUCACCCUAUUACCACUGCAGCUACGGCCUACCAAAACCCUCAAGUCCCCAGUGCGUCCCCUCCCUGCCUCUAUUCCUCAAAACGCCGUCAGGACCUAACUCAAUCCCUCACCCCUGGAGCAGCAACAAAUGGGGCCCUCGCUCACACUGCCACCAGAGACGCAGCCUGCCGACGCCUUGAAGCCUGUCGAGUGCCUCCUAUCCAUUACCACCACUUGGGGAGACACUGCCAAGGCACUCACUCCCUCGCCCCUGAAGCUGAGGCCUGUCAAGGCCCUAAAGCCCAUCGAGUGACUCCUCCAGGUCAUUACUACUCGUGGGGUUCCCAGUACCUUUCUCAACCCCUCUCCACUGGAGCUGCGAAAUGCUGGGCCCUGGCUCAAUCCCUUGCCUUUGGCGCUGCAAGAUGCUGGGCCCUGGCUCAGUCCCUCACCACCAGGGAGACAGCCUGCCAACACCCUGAAGCCUGGUCAGUGUCUCCUCCCCAUCCCUGCCACUCAUGGGACUGCUGGGGCUUGGCUCGGCCCCUCUGUACCGGAGCCAUGAGAUGUUGGACCCUGGCUCAGUCCCUCACCAUCAUUACCACGGCCUGCCAACGACCUACAGCCUGUCAAGUGUCUCCUCCCCAUUACCGCCACCCAGGGGAUGGCGUAACAGCCGUGGCCUGCCAAUGUCCUGAGGCCCACGGAGCAUCCCCUUCUCAACCAACUUUGCCUCCACGGCCCAGAAGCUUGGUGAACCCUUGUUCGUGCUAUCUCCCCUGGGGCUAUGGCCAACCAAAGCCCUGAAGGCAAUGGACGGUUCCCCCUGCCUGGGGACUACCUUCACAGCUUUAGACCCUUGGAAAGCCACAAGCCCCCAGGAUCCAGGACUUCACCACAUCCUUCAGGACCCCACCCUCUGCUGUGGCUGUGAUGUUGGACUCUGCUCCUCAAACCACAGUUCUCUAUUACUCUCCUGGUA